AUGGUUUUUGAAUUAUGGAAAUAUUUUGAUAAAGAUGAAGGUAAUUUUGCAAAAUGCGUCAUCUGCGGAAUUCUAAUUUCACAGGGAGGAAUACUGAAAAAUUCGUUCAAUACAACUAACAUUAGGAAACAUCUGAAGCGUUGCCAUCAAAAGGAAUUCGAAGAGCUAACACAAAAAGAACGAGAAAUAUUAGAAAAAACAAAUCAAAUUUUUAAAAAAAAGAGCCCUGAAAGUCAGCCAACAAUAUCAGCCAUUCUUAAUAAAACUAAUAUUUGGAAACAUUCUGAUCCUAAAUCAAUAAUAAUUUCUAAAUUUAUAGGGGAAAUGAUAACGUGUGACCACCAGCCGAUUUCUAUCUUGGAGGAUAUAGGCUUUAAAAGGCUUUUACAUCAUUUAUGUCCAAAUUACAAAAUUCCCAAUAGAAAGUAUUUUUCGCAUGGAGUUAUUCCGGAUAUAUAUGAAAAACUCUCCGAAAAAAUUCGUAAAGAAAUUUUGGUUGACGAUUCUUUUUUAUCCUUUACGGUAAAUAUAUGGACUAGAAGUUCAGGUGGCGAUUCUCACAUCUCAUUAACAUGCCACUAUAUAAACCAAAAUUUUCAACAAAUUAAUAGAGUUCUAAAUGUUAAAACAUUUAAUGAGUCGCAUACAGCAAUAAAUAUUGCUCAAAUUUUAGAUGAAAUUAUUAAUUAUUGGGGUAUAAAGAAAAAUAAAAUACACCUAAUCAUUAGAGAUAAUGCACCCAAUAUAACUUUGGCCAUGAAAAAUGGGAAAUUUCAAAGCGUUUCGUGUUUUGCACAUAAAAUCCAAAUUCGAUUAAGUCUAGCCCAGCACAAAUUAAUCCAGGAUGUGCCCACCCGUUGGGAUUCUACCUAUUAUAUGCUCGAAAGAUUGAUAGAACAAAAAAGGGCGGUACAGCUGUUCAUUAUCGAUAAUCCUAAUUUGGGAAAUCUCUCAUUAUAUGAGUGGGAAUUAGCAGAAAGGGUAAUUGAUGUUCUUGAACCAAUUCAGAGAGUAACAAAAGAAAUAAGUACGGAAUCAUGUUCAAUUAGCAAUGUUAUACCCUUUGUUGAAAUUCUGAAAAGUGAAUUAACAAUUAAUGGGGACACAGAUAGAGGUGUGCAGACUAUGAAGAAUACCACUAAUAAUCAAUUAACAACUCGGUUUUUUGAUAUUUAUGAUGAUGACAAUUAUGUUGUCGCAACAUUACUUGAUCCUCGAUAUAAGGAUUUCUUUUUGCCAAAAAACAUAUCAUACAUAGAAAAGCUCAGGACUGCAUAUUUAUGGAUAGUGAAUAAAAAUGUUGAAACAAUUAUGGGUUGGGAUUGGAUUACCAAAUUGGGACCUCGAAAUAAUUAUUGGAAUUUGUUAUCAUUGGUAGCGAAUUGGCUAAAGAAAAUGCCGAAAGAAAAAUAA